GUAAUACAAUAAAGCAAAAUUAUAUUAAAACCUAAAUUAUCGUACGUCUCGGUUUUCUUUAGAAGACUACGAAAACGUCCCCUAUUAGCUGAAGUGGUAUCGCCUAAUAUUCCACUUACCAGCGGCUAGGGUAGGACUCGGAGGAUAUCGUUUCACCGAGGCGGCAGUGGAAAUAAAGAGAGCUGAAUGUUGUCGUAAACCCAACAUUAACUAGCUAUAUUAUAGACACUUUUGUUGUAAAUAAAGCAGUACAUUUGUGUUACCGUUAUAUAUUUAGUUUACGAUGUCUACUCCGGCAAGAAGACGAUUGAUGAGAGAUUUUAAACGGCUCAAGGGGAACCUGGUGAGGGCGGGUCUUCCGGUGCCAGUACCCCAUGCAAGUUUUCAGAUGUCGAGCCUUAUGUCCAAACACUUGAAAAAUGGCCAAAUCUUUUACAUCCUUACACUCAGGUUACAAGAAGACCCUCCGGCUGGCGUCAGUGGUGCCCCUUCCGAAAACAACAUAAUGGUGUGGAAUGCAGUCAUAUUCGGCCCAGAAGGGACACCUUUUGAGGACGGCACAUUUAAGCUUACUGUUGAGUUCACAGAAGAAUACCCUAACAAACCCCCCACAGUACGAUUUGUGUCAAAGAUGUUUCAUCCAAAUGUGUAUGCAGAUGGCAGUAUAUGUCUAGACAUUCUGCAGAAUCGAUGGAGUCCAACCUAUGAUGUGUCAUCCAUUCUUACCUCUAUUCAGUCUCUGCUAGACGAACCAAACCCCAACAGCCCAGCCAACAGUCAGGCGGCCCAGCUUUACCAAGAAAACAAGAGGGAGUACGAGAAGCGUGUGUCGGCCAUUGUAGAACAGAGCUGGAGGGACAGUUGACCACAUCCUCUCCCUUCUGGCCUUCUCUAUCACCAGCGCUGAGCUGUGUGUGAUGCGAGUUUGAGUAGUACGAGUUUGAGUAGUACAUCUUAAUUUAGAUUUUUUUUGUUUCUUCCUCCAUUUUAAUUUGACAUAUUUAUGCACUUUACCUGUCCCUUGUUUAAAUGUUUUUUUCCUAACACGCUUGGAGUGGAGUUUUUGUUAUUUUUUCUAUGUCUCUCUCCUGUUUUGGCUUAUCAGGGGACUUAUGUGGUGAAUCUUGUUUUUGUCGCCACCGUCUUCAAUUGAGGACAAUUUUUGGACGUCAAUUACCUGCCUCCUCCCUUCCCACACUGAAAUAAAUUAGUUAGAAUGAUGUGUAAUGUUUGGAAGAAAUAUCAAUUAAUCAUGUUAACCUUCUUGUAGGUCCUUUCUUUGGUGUGCUUCCAUUACCCUUUAAUACAUAAGCUCACUUUACAAAGCAGCAUCUGAGCUAUCAAGCUCAUUACCUUUCUUUGGAAAAUUGUUGCGUGUGUUCAUCCUUAAACAACCUGAUUCAGAACUAGA